CGCGCACAAGGCGGAAAUGAAGCGGACGUUACAGCAACGGAUCUGCGGAUUUACAGUCUCUGUUGUUCAGAUCCGUCAGAGGUUGUGAUGGGGAAAUAUUUCUUCAGUGAGACGGACAUCAAGAGCUCAUGGGAAUUUGUGUUGACAGCGUUCUGGCAAAGAUACCCAAACCCAUACAGCACUCACGUUUUGACGGAGGAUGUAGUUUUUCGUAAAGUGACAUCAGAUAACUGCCUUAUCUCUCGUCGACUGCUCACCAAGACCAAUCGGCUUCCUCGGUGGGCGGAGUGCAUCUUCCCAGGGAACCUAUCACGUUCUGUUUAUAUCAUUGAGGAUUCAAUCGUUGACCUCAGCAACAGAAGCCUCACGACCUUGACGUGGAAUAUAAAUCAUGCAAAAUUAAUGCGGGUCGUGGAGCGCUGCGUGUUUUUUGGUGAGCGGGACCGGCCCGUUUGGACACGGCUGACAAGAGAGGCUUGGAUUUCUUCAGGAGUGUUUGGACUCUCCAGACCGAUACAGAAGUUUGGUUUGGCCAGAUUGAGAAGUAAUCAGAUGAAAGCUAUGAUGGGUUUAGAGUACGCGCUAUCAAACCUACAAAAAACAUCAAGCUCAUGUCAAGCAGACGCCGGCAAAAACUCUACAGAGAAAACAAAAAACUGCAACUCUGCCUCAACAACUCAGAAACCUCAGCAAUACGUAUGAUCAACAUGACGGUAAAAGGGACAAAAACAUUUCCAGGUCAUUCAAAAGAUUUUCUGUACUUGUUUCUAUUCUCAUUACUGUAAACUAAAUCAAUCUCAGUCGGAUUUCUGUAAUGUAACAUUUUUACAUUCUUUCAUUCAGUAUUUGUUUUACUUAUAAGAAUCACUGGAUUACAUUGUUUGUAAUAUAAUAUCAAAUACGUCUGAUGUGAAGUAAUAAAAUGAAUUAGAUUGACUUUUAUGUUAAUGACAAAGAACAUUUGAGAACAAAUAUUAAAAAAAAAAAUUGGGGGAUGAAGACAUGUUUUAAUGAAGAACCCUUAGCUGGGGUGAUGAUGAUGAUGAUGAUGAUGUUCAAUAGCUGCUAAAGUAAAGCUGUGGAGACUGAAGUUUGUGUAGUGGUGUAUUUUAGACAUCUAACAGAAAUGCAUUGUCUGCCUUUAGCUCUUGUAUGCUUACUCUUGACCCAGAAUAUAUCAGGAAAAUCAGAACGGAUGUCCUUGAUGAUGUCAUGUACUAUAUUUAUUUUAAUUUGUGAUAUUUAUUAAAUGAAAUCUCAGGGAAACUGUAAUUGUUUACAGUCAAUACUGUGACCUUGAAAUGUGUGUGUGUUGUGAUUAAAGGGGUCCUAUUGUGCUUUUUA